GUGAGUGAGGUGGGAUGCGUCUGGCGGCAGGAGGAGGUUCGUCAGAGAAGCGCGGUAGCACUACAGAGUUCUAUACCUAAGCUCUUGAAUCGACGUUGCGGUGUUGAAUAUUAUACUUCUUCAUGGAGUAAUAACCAAUCAAUAUCUGUUAAUCCCCCUCCUCCCCUUCCCAACAUAGAUUUAAUGAAGAAAAGAGUUUAUUUCGAUUUUGCGACCUCGUCAAAGAGACAUUAGAGGACGCGGAGGACACCACAGAUCUUGUACUUAUCUCAUUCAUAUUGCUGGUGAAAGGGAAGCUGGAAGACAUAGGCGGAGACUUGUUGUGAAAUAUAUUACAAAGUGCAAAGCAGAGUGAUGAGCACAUGCAGAUGAAUACGCCCGGACAUGUGCGGCAAGCAGCAUGUGAAACACGCCGCGUCACGCCAGCUAUGAAUAAAGCCACGGAUAUUUGAACAUACCUGGAUUUGCUAAGUGAAAGAAAAAUAUGUGAUAAAGACUGAAUAUUACCGCCAAUACUAAAGGGAAAAAUGCGUCUCUUGCCAAACUGGUGCCUUAAAAAAACCCAUUCAGGGAGAAGAAAUGAAGGAGAGGAAGGAGAGGUAGGAGGAGUAGGAGCAGAAGGAGUCUUCCAGGAUGAAACGUCAUGUCUUGAGUCUCUAAGAAAACUAAGAGGUGUGUUCUCAUCCUCUAGAAGUACAAGGACCCACGUGACUAAUGUACUAGUGACCGUGGUGGGUGUGGCCGUGGUCAUCGUCGGGGCCUACUUCUCCCGCGACUACGUGAGGCGCGUGCUGCUGUGGGUAGCCGGCCAGCAGGCGUGGGUGGUGGUGCUGGUGUUUCUAGCCCUCUUCACCCUCGUUUCUAUGCCAUUGAUGUGGGGGUACAUUGUGGUGAACAUAUCGGCGGGGUACAUGUUCGGCACGUGGCGGGCCUGGCGGUGACGGUGACCACAGCGACGGCGGGCGUGUUCGUGGCCCACAUGCUCAUCCGCGUCUGUCUAAGGGAGAUCGUGCACCGGCGAGUGGUCACUUCUCGUCUCCUGAGGGCGCUGCUGUCGGUGCUGGGGGGCGCUCAAGCCUUCAAGGUCAUUGCAAUCACCCGCCUCACACCCAUUCCAUUCGGUCUCCAAAAUGCAGUGUUUGCUGUGUCCCGGGUCCCCACGUGGCUGUACCUGGUGGCCACAGUGCUAGGGCUGCUGCCAACACAAGUGCUCAACUGCUACCUGGGCACCACCGUCAGGAGUUUCGACGACGUAGUGUCCCAGUCUUCCUCAGCCUCAGCCACAGCCUGGGGGGUGUUUUCUGUGCAGGUGUUAAUCAGCGUGGGUCUCACCAUGUGGGUGGUGCGGCGAGCCAGGAUGGAGCUACAUAAGACAGUGGCGGCCCAAAUGUCAGAGGCGCCGUCGUCAUCACACACGCCCACACACUCACCCUCCCACCAGCCUGCCGCCGCCACACCUCCUGACUCCCCUCCUGAAGUGAUCACAAACCACCUGGAGAAGGUUACAGGUGUAAAUUAUGGCUAUGAUGGCGACGGUGAGGGAGGUGUUAGAGCGGACGAUGAACUAAUUCUGGCUGACGGUGUCUCUCCCAGCACCUCUCCCAGCCCCUCCACUCAUUCCUACUCCACCUCCACCACCUACUCCUACUCCACCUCCACCACCACCACCACCACCACCACCACCACCACCUCCCGCAGGAACUCGGACGACGACAUUCUCAUUCUUCUUGAGCACCCUGCGUGAGGCUUCCCUGGCCAAGCGGCGACACCAUUUGUUCGGCAAACGACUCCUGGGGAGCCAUCAAGUCGCGCCACUCCCACCUCUACCCAACAACGCCCACGGCCAGACAUCCUCCGCACACAUUCCAGACAAACAACACACAGAACAAAGUAAUAAUAGAGAGAGAGGCAAGCGGUGCAAGAGCGCGAGGAAGCGAAACUUGGCCCGCCGAGUCAAUGGUACUAAUGGCUUGCCGAUUGUGUUCCAUACCACACUGAGCACGGUGCAGGAGGACGAACACCUGCAGAACUCCACUGCCUCGUGUGACUCUCCUACAGAUAUUCCGAACCUCGCAGGGGACGCGGGCCAUGGCGAUUUGGAUAUGCGCAAUGUGAACGAAGGAAACGGUGAGACGCACGUUAUUGUGGUGCGAGAAGCGUAUCAUUCAACCAUUGCCGCGGAGGAUAUUGAUUCCUUGCCUCCCCGUCCCUACACUCCAAGCCAAUCCACUCCUCCAACACCGAGAUUUCCAUUCCCUCACUCCACACCAGGACACUCUUCCUACUCAUCAUCAGAAUCUCAGAUUUCCACAUCGAGACAAUCUUCCGAUUCCAGCUCGAGACAAUCGCCUCCCUCCAUCUCUAGGCAGUCACCUCCUUCCACACCACCACAACAAUCCCCAUUGCACAUACAGCCUCACGCCUCGCCAUCCACACAGCUGACUGAAUCUGCCCCCUCCGCCUGACACACAGCCUCGCAGACCUCAAUUCCUCACUCCCUCCACGUCACUGACAGUGGACUGCUUCUAGUUAAGCAAAUCUCGUUUCUUCCUUCAUUUGCAAACUCAAGUCUCGCCAUUCUGACGCCUGUGGUGAUCCUGAACAGGACUGUGGUGUUGCUGCCUUCAUUGCUGAUCCAACAGCUGCUGGUAAACUAGAACGAUUUGUUCUGUCUUCAGGAAGUGCCCUGUUUCGCACCGAGACACGUGGACCAGCCGAACAAUGCACAAGAUGGUACAAGUCGACAUUUACAAAGGGUGAUAAGGUACAUGUAGGCAUCGCUUACUCAUUUGCUGCACCUCGCGCCACUACAUCCAUUCACUCGGUCAUCAAGUUGCGUGUUUACUAUAGACAGAUUUUGUCAGUUUUCUUUGAAUUUGUAACCAGAAUAUAUUUUUAUAUUUUCCUACGACAAAGGCAUUACAAUACGCCAUGGGCAUGUUGCAAGUAUGCCAAAAUUCAUCCAUUGCAACGCUGUAUCUAUUCCAUGACAACAAUUCACGCAAAUAUUUUCAGACAAGUGUUAUUUUUUUACGUUCAGAUCGUCGCAUUAGAAGAAAAUGACAAAAUCUGUGAUGUUGGAAUUUCCUCACAAACUGAUUGUGGUCAGUGCUCACAGACUCACUCUAAGGUCACUGCAUGAGGAGUGGCGAGGGUAAUGUGAACGUGCAAGUCACCACCGUCACCGCUCCCUCUCCUGGCUGAGAGGCACACUGAUGUUGUCUAUCAUGUCUCACGUGAUGAUGUCCACUAAACUUUCCACACCGUCCACUCAUGCAAUGAAGGGAACGUGCCUACACUUUCACACAUAUACCUCAUUUCACAUACAGUAAUUCCACAACUUGUAAGUUUUAUAUUUUCUUUUUCAUUAUCAUUAAAAGCAUUCACUGUGAUUUUUAGAGAUAGAGCAGCGAGAAUUUAUAAACAUGAUCAGCAGAAAACACUACUGAAAGAGUAAAUCGCCUUAGGAGGGUAACCAGACAUGUGUGACGCCAGGAUGCGCGGAGCCUCCUGCUCUGCCGUCCAGCGUGACACUGUCACUCGUCCAAGUAAAGGCAGUAUAGUAAGUGUCAACUGUGUUGUAAUAAUAGAUCUGUACUUGUAAUCUGUAAAUAUAUUUUGUAUGCAUGUGUAACGUUUAUACAUACACGCCUUGGACGACAAAACAGCAGAGUACAAUAUCAAUAAUUAUCAAGUUAUUUUUCUACCCUCUUGAGGGCUAUACCUACUCGUUUCUCCUUCAACAGACCUGCACACAGCACUCUACUACGCGCUGACGUAAAACACAGGGGAGGAUGACGCUACUAUUGAUAUGAUUUUCAACAUUAUAUAUUUUCAUUAUUUUUUUUUAUUUUAUUUAUCUAUUUUUUGUUUAUUCAUUUUUUUUUUCUUUUCUUUCAUUUUUUUUUUUUUUUUU